UCAAGCCGAGACGCAACAAGCAAAAGGCGGGCAGGCAUGCUGUGAAACACCGUUCCCCGCCUCGCCGGGAUGAAGAGCAAAGCCAUUUAGUCGAUACGUUUGUGUUGCGCCUGGCGGAAUCUGAAGGUCACUGAUUGGAUCACACAGGGCUUCCGCUACAUGUAAUGGAUCGUGGCGGGGCGCCACGGCUCAAUAAAAGCCGCCACACCUUGGAAAUGAGGAACUACUUGAAGUGUCAACUACUGGUGGUGGGCCCGCCGUGCCGGUGUUGUUGUUCAUUUUGGAUACAGGAAGAAGAAGCGGAAAUGACGCGCAUUGCGUCAUGACGUUGUCCGUGCUGCGUUUUUGGGUGGGUUUUUUUCCAUGUCACACACGUAAACGGGUUAUUCCAAAUUCAAGAGAGUUUUAUUGUCAUGUGCAUGGUAAAACAGCAGUUAUACCAUGCAAUGAAAAUCUUAUUCUGUUCAUUCUCCCAAGAAAAGAAAGAAAACAAAUGAAAGAAUAAGAACAUAAGAAACAUAAACACAUAAACAUAUAUACCAAUAAAUUAAGCAACAACAACAGACGAGACAUUAAUACAAGUAAAUAAUACAAAUAAAUAAAUAAAUAAAGUGCUAUGAGUGUGUGCGUGUGUUGCGUGCGGCGUGUGCGAGUGCUUCGUUGAGGAGCCUGAUGGCCUGUGGGUAAAAACUGUUUGCCAGCCUUGUGGUCCUGGACUUCAAACUCCUGUAGCGUCUGCCUGACGGUAGGAGUGUGAAUAGUGAGUGUUGUGGAUGUGUGCUGUCCUUGAUGAGGUUGUGUGUUCUUCGUAGUUGGAUAAAGGAAUAUAGAGAUGUGGUCAGCCUUUCCAAAGUGGGGUCUUGGAACAGCCUUCAAAGCACCUUUCAUGUUGCAGUAGACUUGGUCCAGGAUGUUAUUUUCCCUUGUGGGAAAGCUCACAUGCUGGUAAUAUUUGGGGAGGACAGUCCUGAGGUUACAGUGGUUGAAAUCGCCAGAUAUAAUAAAUACAGCGUCUGGGUGUUUGGUCUCGUGUUUAUCAAUGAUGUCAUGCAGGAGGCCUAGUGCAUUAGCAGUGUUAGCUCGUGGUGGGAUGUAAACAGCAGUUAAAUGCACAGCGCUAAACUCACGAGGCAAAUAAAAAGGUCUGCAUUUCACCAUCAGCAGCUCAAUGUCCUGCGAGCAGUGCUUUUCCAUCGUCUGUACGUCUGUGCACCACCGUUUGUUUACGUAAACACAGACGCCGCCACCUCUGUGUUUACCAGACGCUAAAGUCCGAUCUCCCCGGUAAGCAGCAAAUGAUUCCAACUGGAUCGCCGAGUCCGGUAUAUCCUCCGUCAGCCAGGUUUCUGUGAAGCGUUGACCAUGGACUCGUUCAGCACCAAGAGCUUAGCGCUGCAGGCGCAGAAGAAGCUGAUGAGCAAGAUGGCCACCAAGAGCAUGGCCAGCCUUUUCAUCGACGACACCAGCAGCGAAGUGCUGGACGAGCUGUACCGGGUCACCAAGGAGUACACCCGCAACCGCAAGGAGUCGCAGAAGAUCAUCAAGAACCUCAUCAAGAUGGUGGUGAAGCUGGGCGUGCUCUACAGGAACAAGCAGUUCAGCAGCGAGGAGCUGAUCCUGGUGGAGAACUUCAGGAAGAAAGUCCACACGCUGGCCAUGACGGCGGUCAGUUUCCACCAGAUCGACUUCACCUUUGACCGCCGCGUGAUGAGCGCCCUGUUGAACGACUGCCGAGAGCUGCUGCACCAGGCCAUCAAACGCCACCUGACGGCCAAGAGCCACUCGCGCGUCAACCACGUCUUCAAUCACUUCGCCGACUGCGACUUCCUGGCCGCUCUCUACGGGCCCUCCGAGGUUUAUCGCGCCCACCUGCAGAGAAUCUGCAACGGCGUCAACAAGAUGCUCGACGAGGGUAACCUCUGACGUCUAAGUCCCCACCGCCACCACCCCUCCGUCCCCCGUUGAGCUGAAGGUGACAAUCAUGAACGUUCUUGCGUGCGAUGCCUGGUUUUACCUGCGCCUCGCAAACACCGAGGUGCUCUCUUGCCCAAAGUCUUUCUAUUCUUUCCCUAUCUCAGCUUUUUGCUUUUGUGUGGAAGCAGAGGAAAGGCAGAUAACGUGAAUGUAAAAGUUAGGAUAGCAGCCUCAACACGUGCCUUCAACACUUUUGUCCUCGAUUCCAAGGGCACGGUGCUCGCUGUCUCACUCACUGAAGCCCUGAACAGGAAGUCUGUGAUAUCUGUGUAAACAACCGGCUUGGAACGGAAAGAAGGUCUAUACCUUCUUCCAAAUACCCAAGACGUGGAAAGCUCUUGUUUUGUUUGUUGUUGUUGUUGUUUUAAAUAUACUACUAUUGCACUCAAGGCUGAGUAAGCGCUGUGCUGUACUGUACUUUUCCUGCAAGAAUGCAGCGUUGUGAAGCAGGUGCUUGAGUAAUCCUGCCUUUUAUUCAUCUGAACGCUCAACUCCACUUCAACACGCCUGCUUAUACUUCCACUUCCACAUCAACUCUCUGCCAGCCUAACAAAAGAUGACGUUUUUUUUUUUCAAACUGAUAACUUUCUGCUUCUCAAGACCGAUAUGAUACCAAUAACUUCUGUCUGCUUUUAAAAAUGUCGAUGUAACUGCAGUUUGUGCACACCUGGAGGGUAAGAAGGACUGGACGAAAUUAGGAUUGGACCAACUGGACCUGUUGAUUGGUCCACAUCACUCCUAUCAGGAGAACCAGAGUACAGAGGGGAGGGAGCCACCUGCUGUGGCCCAGCAAGGUGCACUGUAUUCGGGCACACACUCCAAGCAACGGGUGUGACGCCACGGAGGUCUCCGGCAAACCUUUUGCACUUUGCAAACGCCACAGCGCUGGCGUUUCAGGUGGCCGAUGAGGGUUUCUGUGUGCUCGAUGGGUGAUUUUCCCCCUCAUCAUCUGGUACAACCAGCACGCCAAAUGUCGGAAAGCGAAUGUUUGUUUACAGGUGAGGUCGGGGAAGUUACGACAGGCCGGUAACGUCACAGGCAGGAGGAACAAAUGAGCGCUUGAUUUGCUCACCCGCACAGUACGGGUUAUCUUGCCUCACUGGAGCAGUCGGACUACGGCAUCAGUUGACCUAUCGGUUAUCUGAGCUAUUUUUAAUGUUGGCGGAUUCAUCUGUAUGAUAAUUAUCGUGCAUUAUAGGGCACCUUGAUUGUGAAGGACUCUGAUGUCCCUCGUGAACAUUGUGACAACUUUUUUUUUUUUUUGACGUCACACCACCGUCUCUUUCCACCUGGGAGACGACAAAAAUGGAAGCCAGAUUGAUAUUAGGCAUAUUAGUCCUAGAGGACUUGUCUUGUUUUAGGUUGUGCUAGCAUUAGCACCCUUGCCUAUGCAAACAGCCACUAUACAUAUUUCUGACCGAAAAUGUCUGCAAUAUCUUUUGUGGAUGUUUUAUGUUAGAUGAGUCGUGUUGCAGUCACAUAGGUGAGCAGUUUCUUCCAAAAUUGGUCAGUUAGCCUGUGUGGUUAGCAUCUUCUUAGCCCUGCGCCUUCGUGUUUUCUUGCUCUUGGCGUUGAAGCGAAAUGAAUUUGUGAUAGACAAAGACAAAGUAACGAGUGUGAGAACACGAUAGUACGGAAGCCUGUUUGCGCCACUGAAUGGUAAAUCAUAAUUAUGGGACAAAAGAUCGAAAUGAUGACAUUAAAAGUCAUAAUUACAAGAUAGAUAUGAAAGUCAUGUUAAAGAGAGUUAAAAUUACGAGAUAAAAAGUCAUAACUAUGAGCCGUGAAAGUUAGGUUUUAUGAAAUUAAAAUUAUGAGAUUAAAAAGUCGAAAAUGAUUAGAUAAAGUUAUAAUUACGAGAUAUAUAAAAGUCGUAAUCAUGCUAAAAAGUAGGUCCAGAUAAAAAGUUUAAAAUGAUGAGAAAGUCAUAAUUGUUAGAGAAAAAGGCAGAAUUAUGAGCUAGGAAAGUCAUAAUCGACAUUUAAAAAGUCAAAAAUUAUUGAUAAAGUCAUAAUGAUGAAAUAUAUAAGAGUCAUAAUUGUGAAGUAAAAAGUCAAUAAUUAUGAGAUAAGAAAUUCAUCAUUGAGAUAACGAGUUGAAAAUUCUGUGAGUCAGAAUUAUGAGAUAAAAAGUCAUAAUGAUGAGAUAUACUGUAUAAGAAAGUCAUCAUUAUGGGAUAAAAGGUGAAAAUAUGAGACACAAACUUGCAUGUGCCAAGUGCCACGUGACAAAGGGUCCAGUGAAGAAGGCUGAUCAUUUGGACUUUAUAUCUCAUAAUUUCGACUUUUUAUGAUCAUUUUUAACUUUUUAUCUCGUAAUUUUGACUUUUCAUCUGAUGAAUUUGCCAUUUUAUCUCAUAAUGUAUUACUUUUAUCAUUUUGACUUUCUAUCUCAUUAUUCUGACUUUUUAUCUCAAUUUUGACCUGUCAUCAUUUAGACUUUUUCUUAUAAUUAUCACUUUCUUAUCUAGCUCAUAAUUAUGACUUCCAUCCAUCCAUCCAUUUCUAUGCCACUUCAAGAUUCCUAUUUAUCUCAUCAUUUAGACUUAUCUCAUAAUUAUGACUUUCUUAUCUAGCUCAUAGUCAUGACUUUUUAUCUGGAAAUUUAGUCUUUUUAUCUCAUAAUGAUGACUUUUGUAUCUAUCUCAUAAUUUAGACUUUUUAUAUCUCAUAAUUUAGACUUUUUAUCUCAUAAUUAUGACUUUUUAUCUCAUAAUUUCCAUUUUUUAAAUCUCAUAAUUCUGAUUUAACAUUGGGAUAUUUUUUUCCUUUCAGCGGUGGAAACAGGCUUCCAUACAAAAGCCCAAAAACGCCGUUUUUCUGGAGCGUAUUUAUUAUUUUGUGGCGGUUUCUACCAUUUCUUUUGAAAGAAAACAACUCAUUUGGACUUUCCACCUACGGUAACUGAAUAAACAUGUCUUGUUUCUCUCAAGCGGCUGCACAGCACUGAACCACAACAGCGCCAGUUAAGAGACAGAAGGCGUCGUCAUUGUGCGCCAUCGGGCGCGAGGCUCGGGGGAACGGUGACGCUGGCCAAUCAGCUCAGGUUCAUUUCCACGCAAACUCCAAAGGCAUCCGACCUGAAAGGCUGGAUGAAGUGCAGUUCCUUGUGUGCACGUGCUCGUGCGUGCGGGUAAAAUAAGGCAAUUAGCCGCCCUCUACCGGAUUGAACCAUUCCACUGUCAUUCUAGCCGGCCUCUCCCGGGUCGGCGUACCGGCCUGAAGGCUGCCUCGUCAAGCCGUCGCUCGUUCGCCGCGUCGCUUGACGCAGUCCAAAAGAGCUUUGUUGAUCUGUCGCCAAAGGAGCUCCAGCUCGACCCCGUAAUAGACGCCUUUUUGUUUUCCCAUCGCCCCCAGAAGAGUCCAGGAGAUUGCUGUGCGCAUACACCUCAUUUUGUAUUCCUCGUGUGCGCGUGCGUGCGCACGUGUACCUGUGACAGAAUUGGAAAUGGAGCCGUGUAAUAAGCGCUGUACUUUUUCCCAGAUAGGAUUGCAGGAACUUGUAACUUCCUCCAACACAGCCAAAGAGGAGAAGAAGAAGAGCUGUUGUUAGUCAGCACAGGAAAGCGUGUGUGCGUGAUUAUCAUAGCAGUGGGAAUGACAAAGGCCCUUUUUUUAUGCUGUUGUUUUUCCACAAACUGCAUUUUGAUUGAACUGAGGCCAUCUCAGGGUUGUCAUCAUCUUCAGCUCUUGUUGGGUUUGUUCCAUUGUCAAACGUUUGUAUUUUCAUGAUGUGUACAUACCAGUGGUGUGUGUGUGUGUGUGUGUGUGUGUGUGUGUUCCUCUAUUGUAUCCUGACUCAACAAAUAUAUUUCAUUUCUUAAAGAAUACUUGCUUGUCUUGUUUGGUUUCAGCGAACUCUCAGGAGUCCACGACCUCGUACCCGCGCGCUACGCAGGCGCAGCCGCGAUGAUGCAGGCAGUCGCUUUGAACUUGCGGCAGAAGUGCGGACAUCAAACUGCACACGACACUUUAAAUGGUGAAAAUCGGUGAAGUAAAAGCGGCGUUACGAUCGCUGAUGUGCGCCAUGUUUUUGUCUUGGUGUCGUCACGCUUAGCGGAAGGCGUCCGCUUUGAAAGCAGAAGUAAACAAGCAAUGAAACACGACACCACCUUUCUAAGGGGGUGGGGGUUGUUAGCCAACAGUGCCGUUACAGUGUUUCCUAGUUUCCUCCAGGACUGCAAUCUAUUUGGGGUUGUGUGGGAGGUGAUGUCAUCAUCAAAUUUGCAUAAUUGACCAAAGAGGGAGUGGGCGGUAAGCCAACACUGCCAUCACUGUGUUUCCUCCAGGACUACAAUCUGUUUGUGACAGUGGUGAAGGGAUGAUGUAAUCAUUGAGUUUGCAUAACUGGAGGGAGGGCUAUGGUAAGUCAACACUGCCAUCAAUGUGAUUCCUACAUGACGCCAAUCUUAUUUAUGGUGGUGGCGGGGAUGAUGAAAUUGUGGAAUUUUGGAAGGGGAGGUAAGCAAACAUUGCCAUCACUUUGUCAUGGGGACUACAAUCUAUUUGUGGCUGUGGUGGGGUAGGGGGAUGAUGUAAUGAGUCACUGAAUUUGUGUAAUGGGGGGGAAGCCAACACUGCCAUCAUCUGUGUUGCAUGUGGAACUGCAAUCUAGUUAUAGUUGUGGGAGGAAUGAUGAAAUUAUAGAAUUUUGAGAGGUCGGGUAAGCCAACACUGCCAUCUCUUUAUUUCCACUAUAUUCUUGUAAUUUUAUUUUUUAAAUUCAUUAUUUUUUAAAAUAGUUGCUAGUAAUUAAUUUAUUUUAUAUUUAUUAUUUGCAAAUAAACUCCUGACUAUAUCCUAAAAAAAACAUUUUUAAAUUUAUUUAUUUAUUAGUUGCCAGUAAUGAAUGUAUUUUUUAUUUAUUGUUUGCAAGUAAACUUUGACGACAUUUUAUUUUUUUAUUUUUUGCACACACACAAAUCCAAAUUUGUUUGGAGUUGAGGUUUUUGCGUGUUUUUGUGUUCAUUCAUGAUGUGAAGAAGAAGUGUGUCGUCACACAUGUGAGGCUGUACUGGAAAUGGGAACGCAACCGAGGUAAGAUUUAAAAAAAAAAACAACUAAAAAGGUAAGCAAAAGGUGCAAAGGGUUAAUGAAGGCCCCCUCCCUCGUUAGAAUGUUGGAACGUUUGCAGCCAAAUCAAGGCAGUAAUCGGACUGUCUGACCUGAAUUUAGUCUCCAAAAUCCCCUACUCUCCCCCGCCCCUCCUGGGCUCCCAGCAUUGUGAGCGAGGAAGCCGAGAAAAUAAACACAAACCAUCUGACUCACAAGCAAUUCAAGUUGAGGUCAUUUCUUUCCACUUCCUAGCAGGCCCACGCAGAACGCAGCACGCCGCACGCCGCAGCCCCGCUGCAAGCGCUGCAGGAAAUCAGCCAGCCAGGAGACGUGCUUCUGUUUCUGGGGAUAUUUACAUCAAUCAGCGCGCGUGUGUGUGCGUCUCAUCCGUCAUUGACACCUUUCGGACUGCCGAGAGAUCAUUUGGCCCGUAGCGUGCCUGAAGAAGCUCCCGGCGGCGUACUUGAAAGGUUCUGGGCGGGGUCCCGGCGCCCAAUUAUCCUCUAAUGGUCAUUAUCUCUGCUGGUGCCUUUGCUGAGUGCAGCCUCCGCUCCUGCUGCUCGUCUUGUGACUUGAGGGAGCGCCGUUGUUUCCCUGUGUACCUCUUCCUAUUUUGGUUUUACAACUCUGAUGCCAAAAAAAAGCCGUCAUGACGUGCCUGUUUUUCUAUUUUAGUCAUCCAAAAGCCAACACGUACAUGGGGGGGUAACAGGAUGUUGUUUUUUCAUGUGUGCACAUGAUAAAACCAUCUGCAGGCUGUCAGGUGUGCGCCAAAGCAACAGGUGUUGAAUCAAGAAGAAAGUCAAGUCAAAAAGUGCAUAAAAUAUAAAUUUACACAGGACAUGAAAUGAGGAUAACAAGCAUGGCUGGAAGCUAUGACAACAUAUCAAAUCCAAAUAUGACAACUGUUUUAUUAUGAGGAAAUAAAUAAAUGCAAUACUUGUUCGAAUGAUGCUUUUACACUUGAAAAAAAUGACUUUGUUUUGUAAUAUUUUGACUAUCCUCGUAAUUUUAGUCUUUUAUUUGCUAUUAAUUACUUCAUUUACUUUUGAUUAAUUUGCAAGUAAGGUUUGACUAUUCUUCAUUUUCUAUUAUUUGCUAUUAAUGACUUAAUUUAUUUGUAUUUAUUACUUGCAAGUAAACGUUGACUAUGUCCUUGUCAUUUUAAUAUUUUUACA